UUAGAAGAGGGAAGUGAUCUGUAAUAAUUGGGAGGAAAAAUCAUGGCAACAGCUCUAAUUUUGAUAGUUCUUUUGUGUUUUGUUGUUGAUGGAAUAAUUGGAGAUCAUCAUUGUUGUACUAAGAACCCACCGGCUCUUAAUUCAAGUUCAGGUUAUGGACAUGUCGAAGAAAUUGGAGGUCUGAAGGCUUAUGUUUCUGGUUCUUUGGACUCAAAACUCGGAAUUCUUCUUGUUUCUGACUUUUUUGCUGCAGUCUUUCUGGCAUCGGUUUCUUCCAUUGUCAAUGCUAACGAUCCAGGAUCCGUACAAGACUUUUGUGUUGCAGCUAGAAACCCAAAUUCUGCUGUGUUCGUGAACGGUCAAUUUUGCAAAGAUCCAAAGCUGGCUGUGGCAGAAGAUUUCUUUCUUGCGGCAUUCAAUAAACGUGGAGUAAUUACGAGCCCACAAGGUUCCCUAGUAAAACCCGCUAAUGUUGCUCAAAUUCCAGGACUUAACACUCUUGGUAUCUCUAUGGUCCGUAUUGAUUAUGCUCCCUUUGGAGGUAUGAAUCCUCCACAUACCCACCCAAGGGCCACCGAAAUUUUAGUCGUCUUGGAAGGUACCCUUGAUGUUGGAUUUGUCACAUCAAAUCCGGAAAACAAACUCAUCGCAAAGACCCUUCAAAAGGGAGAUGUGUUUGUAUUCCCCAUCGGCCUCAUUCAUGCUCAAGUUAAUGUUGGAAAGACCCCUGCUGUUGCUAUUGCUGCUCUAAGCAGUCAAAACCCCGGUGUGAUCACGAUUGCUAAUGCUGUUUUUGGUUCUAAACCAUUCAUUCCUACGGAUAUCCUCGCCAAGGCUUUUCAAGUUGACAAUAAUAUUAUUGACCAUCUACAAGCUCAGUUUCCGAAGCAGGCUUGAAGAAUUUGUGUGAUAACAACUGUUUUGUACAUGUAUUGAAGGAUAAACCCAAAUGAUGCAACCCAGAACUUUGCCUUCAUUUAUUUUAUUUUGUUGUGUUUGAAAAAGUGUGAUUCCACAUUUGUUUUCUUUUACGAUAGUCUCAAUUGGCUUAUU